AUGAAGCCACGCUGUCUGCUGCCCCUGACCCGCCGGCUGUCGACGCGGCGCGAGCUGCUCUCUGCCUCGACCCGGCGCCUGCUCGCCGACACCGGCGCCUCGAUUCCCAUCGUAAAGGGGCCAAUGUACCCGGGCAGCAACCCGGAGCUCGUCGCAGCGGUCUCCGCGGCGGGGGGAUUUGGCGUGGUCCAGCCAAUCUCGCUGACCCACCUUUACGGGUACGACUUUCGCGAGGGCCUGCGCCUCAUCAAGUCGCUCACGUCACGACCCUUUGGCGUCAACUUCACCAUCCUCGAGAAUGCAAAGUACAAGCGUCAAAUGGAGGAGUGGAUGGACAUCUCUGUGGACGAGGGCGUCAAGUUCUUCUUGACGUCGCUCGGGAAGCCGGGCAAGAUCGUCGCCUUUGCGGAGCGGCACGGCGUGAAGGUGUAUCACGACGUCCACACGCCUGAAGUCGCUCGAAAGGUGGCCGACGAGGGCGUCGCCGGCCUGAACUGCCUCAACAGCUCGAUGGGAGGCCAGACCGGCAAUCGGUCUGCGGAGCAGUUUGCGGCGGAGCUCUCCAAGGGCGGCUUCGGCGACCUGCCUCUCCUGCAGGCGGGCGGCGUCGGGGGCGACCCGCAGGGGCUGCGCGACGCUCUCGACAUGGGGUACGCCGGCUGCCAGCUCGGCACUCGCUUUCUCGCGACGCACGAGGCGCGGGUGACGGACAGCUACAAGCGGGCGAUCGUGGACGCGAGCGCCGACGACAUCGUCUGGACGAAUAAGCUGGCGGGGACGAACUCCUCAGUCAUUCGCACGGCACAGGUGGAGCGGGGGGGGCUGCAAGUGAACGCGCUGGUCGCGUUCCUGCUGCAGAACCGCUGGACGAAGCUGCUGACCCGCACGCUGAUGCUGAGCCGCGCGAUGGAGACGUACAAGCGGGCCGCCUUUGAGGAGGAUUACGAGGUCUGGCAGGCGGGCAGGGGCGUUAGCAGCAUACACGCCGUCGAGAGCUGUGAGCAGGUCCUGAGCAGAUUCGGCGAGGUCGCGCGGGCGUGA